AUAGCAAGAAGAAGAACGAACAAAAACACAUUUGGUUGGGUGAGAGCAGAGGUAUUGGGAGCCCUUGUAAAUGCUGUGUUUCUAGUCGCCUUGUGCUUCUCCAUUGUCGUGGAGUCAUUAAAAAGACUUUUAGAUGUUGAGACAAUUGAAAAUCCAAAAUUGAUCCUUGUUGUUGGUUCUGCUGGUCUUCUGCUCAAUCUCAUUGGAUUAGCACUCUUUCAUCAACAUGGUCAUAGCCAUGGAGGAAUGAGUCGUGGACACAGCCACGGCAAGUCAAGCCGGGACAAGCACAGUCAUGGUCAUGGUAAGCAUGGCCACAGCCAUGGUGGCCAUACUCAUAUACAUGAGGAGGAUAGUCUUGAUGACCAUAAAAAAGAAUUAUCUGAUACUGCUCUCAAAAGCAUAACAAUUGUAGAUGAAAUACAGGAUGAUAUAAGUGAUGUUAUAAUGGACAACCCAAAGUUAGCAUCCAGUGCCCAGCUGAAUAUGCGAGGAGUAUUCCUACAUGUAUUGGGUGAUGCAUUAGGUUCUGUCAUUGUAGUAAUCAGUGCAUUAGUUAUAUGGUUUGUAGAAGGUGAUUGGAAAUAUUAUGUAGAUCCAGCAAUGAGUUUGGCUAUGGUUAUGAUUAUCCUGUGUACAACUAUACCAUUGUUGAAAGAGUCUGCUAUGAUAUUACUACAGACAGUACCAACUCAUAUCAAAGUGGAAGAUAUGCAGUCCAAACUAGUGAGCAAGGUGAGUGGAGUAUUAGCUGUACACGAGUUCCACGUUUGGAGACUAGCUGGUAAUAAGAUUAUUGCUUCUGCACAUAUACGAUGUAAAAAUUUGACAGAUUACAUGCGGAUUGCAAGUCAAGUAAAAGAGUUCUUUCAUGAUGAAGGUAUACACUCAACUACUAUACAACCAGAAUUUGUAGAGUACACUGAAAUUGAUGGCCAGACUGACUGUAUGUUAGAAUGUUCGCCUGAUAAAUGUGCUGAACAGACUUGUUGUGGUAAUCGCAAACAAUCUGUCCCACUUCUGGAAACCAAUGGUGUCAGACAGAGAAUUUCUGCAGGAACCUCCAUGCAUCAAGAAUACUCCAGUCCUCAUAGCUUGAAUACAUCACCAUGUAUGUCCGAUGCUGUCUGUCAGGCUUCUCCUGACUGUAUUAUGAUGAUGAUGACAUCCAAAGAUGGUGAGGACACUCAUUUGUAAAGUGCUUAACAACUUAGUUGAUGAUCAGUUGUUGGUGUUAACAGGGCCAUGUACAUCAAAAUGUACAUAUUUUGUUUGACCAAGUUUUAAAGAUUACACAUGUAAGGCCAAUCCAACAGUUGUGUUCAGGGUAUUAAAUAUAUAUUAUAUAUUAAAUAUUAAAGUUAUUCCAGUAUGUUUGCAAAUUGCCUUGACCAAGUGGUGUCCACUCAAUAGAGGUGCCUACAGUUUGUUGGACGAAACUCAAUAAAAUAUAAAUACAUAUUCCCAGUCAUUUCAACUUUGAUUUCUCAGUACAGUAACCUGGGAGAUACGGUAUAUGAGUAUACCAUAUUUGUCUGAUACACCAUCAUCCCAAACCUCUCUCUCCCUUGGGCAAUAUUUCAGCAGGUGGUUACAAAAAACACUUGUCAAUGUAUUUACAGAAAAUAUCUCGUGCUGAUCAAAGUUCCAGAAUUAUGUUAUUUUUAGAACGAUUCAAUCUAACCUGGUGCCUAAAUUAAACUGACUUGCGUGAAUGGGUAAACUGUUUGACAAUGAGCUGUUAUCACUGUGAUCACAAUGAUCAGUACAUGUCUAAAGUGACCAGUUUACAUGACUGUGAUGUUGGCUACUAAACCAAUGUUUCAAUGUUUAUUUUAAACUAGUUCUAUACUUUCAUUUACCAACAAAAAUUAAAACCAAUGCAUAUUUAUGACAUUAGAAUCAGAAUAUCAGUUUGUUAUCCUGAGGAAAUGCAGACAAUUUUUAUUUUGGGCUGUAAAAAUUUCAGUUGUGAUACUGUGACUGCUUUAUUCUUGGUACCUUGCAACCCCAUAUCAUGACUAAUGUUUUUAUACUAUAAUGAAUUAAAAUAGAAAAAUUGAAGCCAAUACUAGCCUGAAAAUAUGCCCAUUCUUUCAAAACAUUGCGCAGGGCUGGUACAUACAUGUACGUAAUACUAUUGUAUAUCAAUGCAAAUACAGGAAGUAGUACCGUAAAAUCUGUAUUAGAAGCCGCAUCCCUAAUAGAAGUCGCACCCAUUCUUUUUAAACAACUGGGAACCAAAAAAUCAUUUCUCAUAUGUGUAGAUGCUCUAAUAGAAGCCGCACCCCCUCUAUUGGAUUGUACCAUUUUAAUAGAAGCCGCGGUUUCUAAUACAGAUUUUACAGUAAUCCUUUUGUAAGUUGAAAAUGACAUACCAAAAUGAAUAGUUGUAUGAUAUAUAAUAGUGAAACUUUCAAAUGGACAAUGUAUUUUUUAUUGCCCAUGGUCAUCCAGGGGUGCUUAGUCCAAGCUAGCUGUUCAAAGAUAUGUCAUUAUAUGCUAAGGUCUGGACUGAGUUUUAAAAGGGGAUCAGAUCUAGUUUUGGCUAUACUAAGCAUUCACACAUAGUUUCUUAGUACAGGCUAACGUCAUUGUCGUCUUCGCCCAUUCGAAGGAAGGAAGUAUGCAUGAAUGCAACUAUGUUCUGAAAGUUUGGUUGUUCAAAGUAUGCAAAUAUAUCAUAACAGAAGGUUUGGGGUUGAAAAUUACCAAAUGAGUACAAUAGUUUAUAUAUAUAUAUUUUGUUGUUUAUUGCAUACAACGUUUACUUUCCUAACUUUUUUUUAAAUUCCAUGAUACAAAAAGUACCUAAGUACAAAUAUUGAGUGCUGUAAACAUGGCAGGCCAGAAAUAGAGGGACUGUCAGCAGAAUAAGAAAAACAAACAAAAUAGCACUGUGCUUAGUUUAACUAUCUGACUAUAGGUUAUUAGACCCAAGAUUGUGACACCUAAUGUCACCAACAUGUAUACUCUACAUGUCUACUAAGUUCACUAUAUUUUUGUGAAUGCAUCACUUAAUGACUCAGUGAUUAAAACUCCAGUAAGAUCUAUUUUGAGAUUAUGUUUAUGAGUAGUCAAUAUUAAAGUGCUGAAUACUUGCCCCUAACUGUCUUGCAUAUAUGUAUGCCCAGGUACUGAAUGAUUUUUUAAAGUGCUUUUUAUAUACCUAAUACAUAAUUGAUUAACAUUGUGAUGACUGUCUAUUUGAGCCUUAUAGGCACCUAAAUGUGUUCUUCUCAAAGAAGGUUUUUUGCUGUCAGAAUAUUUGUCUUUAAAUUAUCUAAAUGUUAUUGGCUGUAUUUCGUUUUUAAGAACCAAGCUGAAACCUCUCUUCUGACAUUUACAAUGUUCAUAUUAAUUUUUAAAUCGCAGUUUUAAUGUACAUGUAAUUGAACCACCAAAUGAUGAUGAUGUUGCUGAAAAUCAUACAAGGUGCAAUUUGAUUAUUCAUAGUUUUUAUUGAAUCUUCACAAUUUAUGAUGUUCUCGGUUAAUGUGUUUUCACCCUCUGAACAUUUGGUUUCUACUACUGGUAGUUCAUGGUGGGUGAAUGCUUUUUAGUACAGAGCUACAUCCAAGUUGAUUUCUCAUUUCAUUGAUGAACGAAAAGUUGUUGAUUUUCUAUAUAUUAUUGAGCAUUUUUUUUCAUGAUCAACAUUUGAAGUCUACUAAUAUUUACUUUUUUUCCUGUAAACAGUUCAAUUGUCGAAAACUAUUGCUAUGUUCACACAGCAGCAUUCUACUGUAGCCGAACUACUGCUCCUCCCACCAAUUAACAGGAGAUUAUCUCCAAUGCGUUCAUACGGAUGGGAGCCGAACAAGAUCUGCCACAGUUCGAUUCAGAACGGAACAGUGCCCUCAAAUAAUUAGUAUAAAAAAACGUGGCUGAAAACGAUAUUGGUGUUGAGCUUGUGUUUUUUUUUUACAUGGCAUGAUUCUGUUGAGCUGGAAGAAAAAAUACACACUCACGAUCGAGUCUGAGCAUUGAGGUAGAAAAGUCAAUGAACUGGUGUUAUGAUUUAGGUAAUAGUAUCUUGAAUAAACAGGAAACACGGCAACUAAAAUGUGUUACAGCCUAUUCGCUUAAGUUAUUGUUCAACUGUUGUGAUAUGUGUUAGUUGUCAAUCUAAACUUACUAGGAACAUGUCACCUUACCGUGACCGCUUCUACGAUUUUUAUCUCUGGUGUCUUUAAAAAGUAUUUUCAAUUUUCAUUGGAUCUGUUCAGUCCUUCUUUCAAGUUUUUGUUGCUUAAUUUCGUACGCCAUUUUUCUGUUUCCAGUUGACCUGUCAAACUAUCGCAGUAUUUCUUUACUCUGCCAAAUAGAUAUUAGGACGUGUACCUCUUUGUCAAAUUGGAAAUUGCGUGAAGUUACGAACGAUGUUGUCUCCACCAUAAUUAAGUGAGAGGUUACUUCAAGUUGAAGAAGACAAUUGAAGGUGUGAUUUGGGCUUUCGAUAGUUGGACCCUGCAUGUACACAGUCAUCUCGGGGCUCAACCCUAUUGGAGUUCAACCCAGAGGGUUUAUUGGAGCUGAAUUUGGCUCGAGCCGAGCACUUAUACAUGGCCAUUUUUGUUGGCUUAAGCUGUAGGGCUCCGAUAAAAUGCUGUCGUGUGAACAUAGCAAUCAUAUUGCAAUAGCUUUUCUUAAACUGUUCUGUAAAACCUUAGGUUAAUCAUUGUCUAUAUUCACACAAUACUGUAUUUGCUCUAUUAGU